AUGUUGGUGCAGCACAGAGAACCUAGAAAUGUUGUUCAGUGUUUCAUCGGUAUUGUUAGCUGUCAUUUCCAGAAUCAAACGCGAUUUUCGAUGCACCUCAAGCUGAGAAGAAAAAGAGUGUGUUGCGUUGUGCUGUCCCUUAACGUGCGCACCCUCGGCGCAGGAAAUGGAGGCUCACGCGAGUUCCUUCGUGUCCAAGGCGCGCACCGCUCCAUUCUGCUGCAGCGAAAGCGGAGCGUGUUCUCAUGGACUUCAAAAUCGAUCGAGCAAUUUCACGACGGGUUAGGGAGGCAGCGGGGCGAUGAAUCUUCUCGGAGCGAGCAUGAGUCGAAGUUUCUCAAUGAACUGAAGCAUAUAAAGUGGAGACCUCCGCAUAUAGGAACAAAGCAGGAUUGGCAAGAUAGAUUAAACAACAUGCGAAAAGGGAGAAAAGAAGUUGAAGUAACAGAUAAAGUCGGCGAUUUAAACAUGGCCUCUGCUCCAUUUUAUGAUGAAAAUUCGUACACUCUCAAUGUGAAAAAUGAUAUUGAUGCCAAGGCUUCUGAAUCAAUUCCCUCGGUCGAAGGCUUAACUGCUGCGACUGAACACCCCAUCCCUCCAUCGUCUGUUCUGAAGCAGUUGGCUAUAGCUUUUGAGGCUGGAAGGAGAACAAACUCAAUGAAAGAUUUUGUAGCUUCAUCAAGAGGUUCUUCACCUGCCAGAGAGAGGACAGGCUUAAGUCUCUCUUCAAUGAAGGCUUUAGUGUUGCGUGAAAAGGAGGGCAAACUAACCUCUGAGUAUAGUAGCGAUGAAAAAGUUCUGUAUUUGAUUAAUUCUUUGUUUGAUCCAGAGGGAAAGCUCCUUAGAAGGACGAUAAACUCUGAUCCAGAGAAAACUUCCAAAUUAUCUUUCCCAAGAGAUAUUCAUGGUGCUCCUCCUGAAAGCUUAGUUGCUAAGCUAGCUGAAGUAAUUGGAAACUUCAAGACGCUUCAAGAAAUGGCUCUUUUUUGGUGCAGGGUUGUUGCUGAACUGAGAAAACAUUGGUCCGAAGAGAAACAUUUACCUGGAGUCCCCCCAGAUGACAUUCCAGAUCUGAAGUUUUGUCUUCUUUAUCAAAAAAUUCAAGUCAUUAACUGUUGCAUUUCUCGGAAAAGGCGCUAUAAUAUUGCCACUGAAUCACUAAACUCUAUGAUGGAAGAAGCUAAUUUAAAUACAUUAGAACCAGAAAAGUACGCAGGUAAAAUUCCUGAAAGCCCUUUAUUAUAUGCAAGGUUAAGAACUGGAGAGCUUGUUCUUCGACUUGGUGCUGAUUGCCCAUCUGGAGAUCUGAUGUUACUGGAAACGGGCGAGCCUGCAUACUCUCCUGUCACCCAGGAGGGACCCUUGCUUACAGAAGAUUUGAUCAAAGAGACAGAGGAGUUUGUGCUGCGGACAGGAAGUGUUGGUGCUGGAUGCUCUCAACUCCUCUCUGAUAUGCAGGCUUUCAAGGCUGCAAAUCCUGGUUGCAUUUUGGAAGAUUUUGUGAGAUGGUACUCUCCUCCUGACUGGACUGAAAAUGAGGGAGGUUCUGAGGAUGGAGAUUCUCUUCAUUGUGGUGAGUCAAUGUCUACCAGAGGUCAACUAAGUCUACGAAUGCAAAAAGAAGGUAAUUUGUGGCGUGAAUUAUGGGAAACAUCUAAAUCAGUUCCAGCUGUUAAACAGGCACCUCUCUAUGAUGAGGAUUUGGCAGUGGAGGGUAUUCUAGAUGCAUUUGAAGACAUCCAGCCUUCAGAGCUUUUUGAACAGCUGUUUGUUUCUCUUCUCGGUUCAGGAUUUGCAAUUGCUGAAAAUAGGCUCUCUCGUGAUGCUGACAUUUCAAAAUUGUUCAAUGACUGCAAGGAGUACACAGUUGCAGCUUGUCAAAGCAACAGAUUCAUUGAGAAACUCGAUGAGCUUGUUCAGAUGUAUGAAAUGGUGGAGAAAAUGUUACUGAAUCCAGAUGAGGCACAGAAGAUGAUGAAGCUGAUGGAAGAAUCAACUAUGACUACUGGUGAACCAAAACGCCGGAUGUCUACUGGUGAACCAAAACACCGGUUUAAGCAAAUUAGUCAUAUCUUCGGUGGUAAAGAUAAACCAUUGGCCAGGUCUGUCAGGAAAGAAGAGGUAGAUGAAAAAAAGUUGGUUCGCCAUUCUUUCUCAAGUUUCUUUGACAACAGCAAGUCAUCUUUAUUUUCAAAAAAGCCUCCCAGACCUGGAAACCUAUUAUACCCUGUUGAACAAAAUCUCUCUCUGGAAAGUGAUUGGACAAUUGUUUAG